UGAGCAGGAAGGAGGGGCGAGGAGGAGGGAGAUCCUGGUGCUUGGCUGACGUAGCAAGGGAUACACGGUUUUACAUCCCUCUUAUCAGCGGCCCUGACAGGGAACAGCUUCUGGAAAUCUGCAGCAACAGCAUUGGUUUCACCACAGGUGUUCAGAAUUGAAAUAUGGAUGGUCACAAUUAUCACUAUUCAAGAGAGUUUUAUGACCGAUAUGCACAAAACCAAGAUAAAUCUGUGCUAAAUAAAGUACAACAGAAAUACUGGAAAACGAAGCAGACAUUAAUCAAGGUUACUGGGAAGAAAGAAGAUGAACAUGUGGUUGCUUCUGAUUCAGAUUUAGAUGCCAAACUUGAGCUUUUUCAUUCAAUUCAGAGGACAUGCAUGGAGUUGCUGAAGGUGAUUGAACUGUAUCAAAAGCGGAUCUGUUACCUGUCACAAGAGGAAAAUGAAUUAGGAAAGUUUCUACGCUCCCAGGGAUCGCAGGAUAAAACAAGGGCUGGAAAAAUCAUGCAGGCAACAGGGAAGGCUCUCUGUUUCUCAUCUCAACAAAGGCUCGCUUUGAGAAGUCCUUUAUGUCGGCUUUAUCAAGAAGUGGAAACCUUUAGAUACAGAGCUAUCUCUGACUCCUGGUUGACUGUAAAUAGAAUGGAACAGGCUAGAACUGAAUAUCGAGGCGUUUUGCUCUGGAUGAAAGAUGUCUCCCAGGAACUGGACCCUGAUCUAUUCAAACAGAUGGAGAAGUUUAGAAAGGUGCAGGCACAAGUACGUCACACCAAAGCUUCCUUUGAUAGGUUGAAAACAGAUGUUUGUGAGAAAGUAGAUCUUCUUCGAGCCAGCAGAUGCAAUCUUUUAUCCCAUGUUUUGACCACAUACCAGACAACAUUACUUCAUUUUUGGGAGAAAACUUCACACACCAUGGCAGCUAUUCACGAAAGCUUCAAGGGUUAUCAGCCAUAUGAGUUCACCACGUUAAAGAGCUUACAGGAUCCGGUGGACAAAUUAAGUCGGCAGUCCAGGAAAAAAACAAAAGUUAAAGAGGAUUUAUCCAAAAAAUCAGAUGAUCAGUUAAUAUCAUUAGAUGAUGAACAACAGAAAAAUGAAUCUGAAUUACCAGGUGGUCUAGAUGAUUUGUUAGAUCUAAAACCAGAGGAAAAAAUGUUUUUUGAAGAAACUGUAUCUAAGGAGUCACCAAUGGACCCUUUUGAUCCCGAUACUGUAGAUAAAGAUGACAUGCAGCUGCUGAAUGAUAUUCUAAGUGCUGCAUCUCUUGAGGGUGGAGACCUCGGUAAAGAAUGGGCCGAUGUCUUUGGAGACCAGCUAUUCAGUGCUGCUCCUGUGAGUCCACCUUCUGGCAACAUAGAACAAAGUGAAGAUUCAUCAGCAAGUUACCUCCCAUCACAGCUUUUAGACCAAGAUAUGAACGAUCUGCAAUCUUCAUUUCAUGACUGGGCCGCCAACAGUGGGAUUCCUCCAUCAUCUCAGCCAGCGCCUGCAUCUAGUAGCCCCAAUACAAAUAUUAACAAGAUGCCUCAAAAAGAUGUUUCAAAAUCUAAGGAUCUAACUACUUGGUAUAAUCUCUUUGCUGACCUUGAUCCACUAUCUAAUCCUGAUGCUGUUGGGAAAACAGAUAAGGAACAUGAACUGCUCAAUGCCUAAAUAUGUCAUUUCAAAGAGGUUUACUUUAAAUAACAUUAAAAACAAACUUUCCAAAUGUGCCACUAAUAAUCUGUUAUUUCUUUCUAUACAAAAAAAUGUUUGUUUCUUUGACAUAUAAAUAUCUAUAUAACAUUCUUUUCUAAUGGCAAUGAGAGUCCACAAAAUCUAUUUAUAAUCUAUGUGAAUUACUUCACCAGGCCACCAGGAGGAGGCAAAGACACCCUAAACAAAGCAUUAAAUAUUUCUCUCACUUCCCCUUCCCACUCAGUAGUUCUUUGCCUCAUUUCAUGGAGGUUGGCAGGGAGAGGGGCUCUGCUGAAGAUUCAAGUUUUUUAUUGUCCUCAAUUGAUUGGUUUCUGCAAGAGAGGGCAGGGGAGUUGGUAAAGGCCAUGUAAUUCUCUUAGUAGAGUUUUGGUGUCUGUUAACCUCUGGUGGUCGCAGGGAAGUCCCCAUGCCUCCUCCAGGUGUCUGAGCUAUCCUCCCUUUACAGAUGAACAGUGUUAGUAACACUGAAUUUUCUCUGUAUUACAGGACCCAGACUAGUUGAAGACUUCUGGUUAAGUCCCCUUUCUCCCUUCACCUCCAAUGGCUUGUUGCCUAAAUAUAAGGGGCAGUGAACAACAUGAUUCAGGGAAAGGGACAACUGUUAUUUAAUUUUAAUUUGGGGAGGAAUCUUACAAAUAUAUAAGGGGAGACCUUUACCUCAAUCACUGGUAGGGCAGCGCAUCUGAAAAUUGUUGUCUCAACUCUCAAUAUUAAUUAAGAAAUUGUUCCGUCUCUUUGUCUCAAUCCUCCUCCUUCUAAGAAGAGGCUGUUACAUAAAUUGGAUGUGGUUAGAGCUUUGAAGUUCAAUCUUCAUGCUACCAAGGAGUUUAGUCAAUCUUUUUCCUUGUUUAUCCUGCAUUCUGGUAAGCGCAAAGGUCAGAAAACCACAUCUGCUACCCUAUCUUUCUGGCUUAGAUGAUUGAUUCCCAUGGCGUAUAUAGAAGCGGGUCAGCAUCCUCCAUCACAGAUUACAGCACAUUCUACUUGUGCUGUGUCUUUUUCCUGGGCCUUCAAGAAUGAGGCUUCAGUUGAAAAGAUUUGUAAGGCUGCUACUUGGUCCUCUCUGCAUACUUUCACAAAAUUUUACAGAUUCAAUGUUUUUGGCUCAGCAGAGGCUUCUUUUGGGCGAAAGGUUCUUUAAGCUGUGGUGCCUAGUACUUAGGACUUCCUUCCUUACCUUUAUCUCCCUAACAUUUCAUGGACUCCACAGCUUGGUUAUUGGUUUCCCAUAGGUUAUGAAUGGAUUUUGUGGACUCUCACUGCCAUUAGAAAGAAAACAUAAUUUAUGCUUCUUGGCAGUGAGAGUCCACGAACCCUCCCUGUAAUAAUGUAGUGGCGGCAGACUUUUGGCACCACUGUAUCCCUUUUUAUCUCUCUACUUUUCCCUUAUCCUCGGCUUGAACUACUGAGAGGGUAGUGGAAGUGUGAGGGAUAUGUAUUGCUUUGUUUGGGGUGUGUUUGCCUCCUCCUGGUGGCCAGGUGAAGUAAUUUCCAUAAUUUAAAAAUGGAUUUCAUGGACUCUCACUGCCAAGAAAGAAAAUAAUUUAUCAGGUAAGCAUAUGGUUUUAUAUGGUUUUAGAUCUAUUACUAUAUUUGCCAAAAUGUUUUGCCUAAAUUGUUUUAAGAGAGAUAUAAUUUGAAUCUAUUUUAAUAAAAUUCAUGAUAUUAAUGAAAUUGAUAUAAUUAGAAAGGUUUUCCAUCUUUUAAUGUGUUUGAAUGCAAAUUAUACAAUAUUUUCUUUUGUGAAAGCUUAUGCGUUAUAAAUUAGUUACAGGGGCUUAAUAACAUGCAGUUUCAAGUUAUUUUCGUAAGUAAUGUUUAAAAAUGUAUUUUACAAAGGAAGAAUAUGAAAACAAAUGCAUUUUAUUAUUAAAGGGACAUGCAACCCAAAUUUUUUAUUUCAUAAUUUACUUCUAUUAUCUAAUUUGCUUCAUUUUCUUGAUAUCAUUUGUUGAAAAGCAUAUCUAGAUAGGCUCAGUAGCUGCUGAUUGGUUGCUGCACAUAGAUGCCUCAAGUGAUUGGCUCACCCAUGUGCAUUGCUAUUUCUUCAACAAAGGAUAUCUAAAUAAUUAAGCAAAGUAGAUAAUAGAAGUAAAUUGGAAUGUUGUUUAAAAUGUUAUUCUCUAUCUGAAUCAUGAAAGAAGAAAAUUGGGUUUAGUGUCCCUUUAAUGUUCUAAAAACAUUUAGAUUUGCAAUGCACAAGCCAUCCAUAAAUAAAAUAACCAAGUAUUCAUUUCCUAGAGAUUAUUUUUUCAAUGCAUACUGCAAGAAAUGUCUGCUUGCCUGUUGUGUCAUUAAUUUAAUAAAACAGAUUUUCACAAA